UUUCGUGUGUGUGGCGAUGAGUGGUUCGUGCGGAGCAAAGUCAAAACACUGGCAACUGCGAUUUGGUGGCACAUUCGUUCGAUGGCAACGGUUUGGAUAACAGGCGCGCGCUUUGUUUUAUUAUCCACAUUAUCAGCGGCAUUAUUGUUAUUAUUGGCCCUCAGCGCUUUUACCGCUCGCUCGCCCACGCGUCGUCCGCCCGUGAAUGCCGCGCGAGGAAAAGCCUUAGCUUUCCACUACUAAAAAUUGGCUCACCAAUUCGAGAAAAUCCGUCAGUUCAGCCACAGUAUCGCGGCGAGUUCGGUCAGCAGAGUGCACACUAAGGCUAAUAAUCGUUUAAGUCGUUUAAAUCAUAAAAAUAAUAAUAAUAAUUGCAAUAACAAUAAACAUAGUAAUAAUCGUAACGCUUACGAGCCUUUGAUAGUGCCAAGGCAAGCGCUAAACAAGUAUUCAAAUUCCAAUUCAAAUUCGAAUUCAAUUAACAGCAAAGUGCAAUUGGCCAAAAGGAAAACAAAAAGAAAACGAAAAGAAAAACAAACAAACCAAAUCGAAACGCAACAAAGUAUACGAAAACACUUGUGAACCCCCAAAAAAAAAACAAUAGUGAAAAAUAUUUUCAAAAUUAUUUACCCCAAGUUAAAGUUUCAAUAAACAUUAGUGAUUAAAUUAAACUAACAAAGGCCCCAACGUGGAAAGUGCAAUAAUUAAAAUUAACUUUUUAACUAAAUAUUUACCAAACGGAAAAAUCAAAACGCUUCUGAAAAAUAUUUUAUAAAUAUUUUAAAAAGCAAUUCAAAUUGGUUAUUAAACGAAAUAAAUAAAAGACAUAUUAAUUAAAACCAAAAAUAAAAAAAGACUUUAAAUAAAUUUAAAAAUAUUUGCAAGCUUCAAAAAAAGUUUAAAAAAUUAAAAACAGUUAAAGAACUUUUAAAAACCCAAAGAAGACCAAUGAACAUCCAAGCUAGCUGAGGAAACAAAUCUGAGAAAAAUCCGCCAAAAAAACUCCCAGAUCCCUGGAAAUAAAUCCCUGCGAAUCCAGUCAAGACCCUCCCCCAACGACUUUUAGGCCCGUCUCUGACGGAGCACCGCCAAGAUUCUUACCGCCAGCAACGCAAUGAACUCGUACUUUGAGCAGGCCUCCGGCUUUUAUGGCCAUCCGCACCAGGCCACCGGAAUGGCAAUGGGCAGCGGUGGCCAUCACGAUCAGACGGCCAGUGCAGCGGCCGCGGCGUACAGGGGUUUCCCCCUAUCACUGGGCAUGAGUCCCUAUGCCAACCACCAUCUGCAGCGCACCACCCAGGACUCGCCCUACGAUGCCAGCAUCACGGCCGCCUGCAAUAAGAUAUACGGCGAUGGAGCCGGUGCCUACAAACAGGAUUGUCUCAACAUCAAAGCGGAUGCAGUUAAUGGCUAUAAGGAUAUAUGGAACACGGGCGGUUCAAAUGGCGGCGGAGGUGGUGGUGGCGGCGGUGGAGGUGGUGGCGGAGCGGGCGGAACAGGUGGCUCGGGCAAUGCCAAUGGCGGUAAUUCGGCCAAUGCUAAUGGACAGAAUAAUCCGGCGGGCGGUAUGCCCGUUAGACCCUCCGCCUGCACCCCAGAUUCCCGAGUGGGCGGCUAUUUGGACACGUCGGGCGGCAGCCCAGUUAGCCAUCGCGGCGGCAGUGCCGGCGGUAAUGUCAGUGUCAGUGGCGGUAAUGGUAACGCCGGAGGCGUACAGAGCGGCGUAGGCGUGGCCGGAGCGGGCACUGCCUGGAAUGCCAAUUGCACCAUCUCGGGCGCCGCUGCCGCACAAACGGCGGCCGCCAGCAGUUUACACCAGGCCAGCAAUCACACAUUCUACCCCUGGAUGGCUAUCGCAGGUGAGUUCCCUGAAGAUCCGACCAAAAGUAAGAUAAGAUCUGAUUUAACACAAUACGGCGGCAUAUCAACAGACAUGGGUAAGAGAUACUCAGAAUCUCUUGCGGGCUCACUUCUACCAGACUGGCUAGGUACAAAUGGUCUCCGAAGACGCGGCCGACAGACAUACACCCGCUACCAGACGCUGGAGCUGGAGAAGGAGUUCCACACGAAUCACUAUCUGACCCGCAGACGGAGAAUCGAGAUGGCGCAUGCACUAUGCCUGACGGAAAGGCAGAUCAAGAUCUGGUUCCAGAACCGGCGGAUGAAGCUGAAGAAGGAGAUCCAGGCGAUCAAGGAGCUGAACGAGCAGGAGAAGCAGGCGCAGGCCCAAAAAGCAGCGGCGGCAGCGGCUGCGGCGGCGGCGGUCCAAGGAGGACACUUGGAUCAGUAGAUCUAUAUAAAAAAAAAAGAAAAUAUACGAUAUAUAUAUAUAGAUCGAUAGGGAUGAAUUAGGCGGAAUGGCGCAGAGACAGAUACAAAGCAACUAUAUUGUAACAAAUGAACUAUUUACUUAAAUGAAUAAUAUUUAAAUAUUUUGAUGGUACUUCUUCGUGCGAAAUGCAAAAUGCGAAAUGCGAAAUGCAAAAUGCGAAACUUGACCUAAAUCGAACCUAAUGGAAUUAUUUCAAAGCGUUUGAGCAGCAACCGAAAAUACGUAAACAAAACUACAAACUAAUUAACUAGGCUAAGUAAAUGAAAGUAGUGGAAGAAGGAGUGCAGAUUAUAACUUACUUAGUACACGUCUAAGGCUAAGGAAAAACAAAUAAUUUUAAUUUAGUUCCAAACGACAAAAAGACAACUUCAAGAUUCGCCAGCGAUUUCAUUUUUACCCCACGUAGAGAGAUGAUCACUCGAAAUUGAAAACCUCUGUCCUGCCCCCCCUUUGUUGCUUACUGCUAUGUUUAAAUUAAUUUUCGCGAAAAAUACUCAAAAAGUAAAAACAAAAAAAAAAACCAAUAUAAUGUUGAAAGCGAGCGAAAUUCUGUUGAUAUGAAUUUUUGGCAAAACAAAAAAGAAAAGGAAAAACCAGUUCUAAACCAAUUUAAGAUACGUAAAAGAAAAGGAAACGAAAAACAAAAGAGGAAAACUAUUAAACUUUAACUUAAAUAUAAAUAGAAUUUGUUAGCCAAGUAAACAUAUUGCGAAAACGAAAAACAAAUGUUUUUUGGGAGGAUCGAAUAUAUAUAUAUAUAUAUAUAUAUUUGAGAGUGUGUGUAUAGUUUGUGCUUAUUAAUAAUAAAAUAAUGCAAUUUUAGUUAACUCUGUUUAUUUUGUAAACGAAUUUGUUUAGUUCUCGCCCCCAAACGACUAGAGUGAAGCUGUUUCUUUAAGUAAUGUGUAGUGUGUUUACCUUUUAACUUAAAUUAAUGCCUAAUUUUAUUAUUAUUAUGUUUAGUUUAAUAUGACAAGCGUUUAUGAGAUUAUCCGACAGAAGCGGCGAGUAGAGUUUGCCCCGGCAAACGCAAAUAAAUUAUUGGUUUUGAAAAAAUCUAAAAAAAAAAUACAAAAAAAAAAAAACAAUCUGAAAUUGUGUUAUUUAUUUUUGCCAUUUUCUUAGAUGUUCUGUUGUUUCUCGCAGUGUAAUUAUUAGAGCCUGAGUUAAAGUUUAUGCGGGCUGCUCGCUUGCAUGCGAAAUUGCUUUUGAUCUCGUUUCCGUUAAUUGAUCGUGAGUUCGUACGCUCUAUAGAGAUACCCAUACCGAUAGCGAUAACGAUAACGUUAGCCGAUAGCCGAUAACCGAUAGCCGAUACCAUAUAUAGUUUAGUGGCUCCAACGAGCUGUGCUCGAAUGAAGCCACCAUGCGAUGUGUCCCGAAACUCGAUCCUUCAGUUGGGGGCCAUCCAAAAACGAUCCCCUGCACAAGAUGUAUACGUAAUUAGAACCUAAGAUAUAUAUUAUAUAUAAAUCUUGAUAUAUAUUUAUGUAUUUAUAUAUAUAUGGAGAUCGAGUAUAAAAAAUGGACAAACAAUAAGAGAGUAAUAUAUCUGCGGAAUGGCAUGGAGAUGCAGAUGCAAAUACGUAAAUAAUAAUAAUAAGUUAAAUGUUAUAGAUUUUAAAAAUGCAACGGCUAACCGACGUUACUGUAUACAUACACUGAACGAAAUGAGGAAAGCGAAAGUGGUUGGCGAACAGAGAGAGAGGAGGGGCGUGGAUCGAAUGGGGUUUUCCCCGCCACCGCAACAAAACAAAAAAAAAACAAAACCAAGAAUAGACGCUAAAAUACAAUACUUGAAUAUUUAAAUGUGGAUUAUCGUAGCAACAGAUAUACGUAAAAAAAAAAUGAGAAAAAAUGAGUCUUGCAUAUAGUACUACAUCCUACCACUUACCUACUACUUACUUAAUGUAAUACCAGUGCAUUCGUAGUAUUAAUAAUCGCUACUUACGUGUACAUUGCUAGUGGCUUUUACUUUUAACACACUCUCUCUGAUAUCUGAUAUCUGAUAUCUGAUAUUCUGAUAUCUGAACCUCGGAGCAGCCUCUAUCCAGAUCGAGAUUACAACUUUUCCUAAAUACGUAUAUAUUUCAUCAGAUCAUCAGACCUACAGAUACUUUGCAGCUACAUUUUCUACUCGUACUUUUCCCUCAACAACCUCAAACUCCCCCCGCGAUCGCCGAUUGUCUGGACGCGCAAGCUCCGUUUAUACUUAAUCUCUAUUUAACUCUAAUUUAAAGCCAUUCUAUGUUAGCUCCGUAAGUUGUAAAUUAUCAAUUCAAAACUACACGUAAAAAGAACAAACACAAAACAAACAGCAACCAGUGAGAAUGUGGAAAAUGAAACAAAUAAAUUAAACAAAACGAUUUAAACAAUUUAUGAAAUG